GAGUGCUGUGGAUUUUAGAGACUCUUUACUGGCAGGUAUUGCCGUACAGAGGAACUUGAUGCCCUUUGGGAAAGACCCAUCUUCGCCCAAAGUCCAGGAAGACACCCAAGAGCAAACUAGAAGAGUCAAACUGGACGGCCACGUUGAGACUUUGGUGCUUGUCGACAAGUGAUGGACAGCUGGACUCUUCAAGGGGACAGCUACUCAUUGCUGCACAAUGCACCCUGCACACCGUUUUCCUUGCGCCAUCGAGACGGCACCCCUAACCACGUUGAAAUAUUUGACAUCAUAAGGUCACCAAGUCAACGCACCGCCAUCUCCGAGACCACUUGCCUGUGUGACAUAUUUGGGGAUGAAUGUGAGUCACCCUCGGCCUCCAGCAACCCUGCAGUAGGAUCGGUUGUCCAUUCCCAAACCGAGGUGGAGAGGAUAACGGUUGUAUCACCUCUGGUGGAUGAUUUGAAUGACUCCUCAGGCUCAUACCACACAGCUCCAGGCUCCACUGAAGGAGAAGAGGGGUUUGAUGAUCUAACAGAGAGGAUUUACAGCCCUGAACUGCAGGGUGAGUCCACUAAGUGUGAGCAGCUUGAGCAAAUCAUAGUGAACUCGGAACUUUGUAGCUCAAAUAUUGAAUUAAAAAGUAAAGCAUCCAUUCCUCAGUCAAACACAGAAGGUCCUUUAUCUGAAUCUGACAACACUGACUUUAGGGAAAGGACUUCUUCUCCUGAACACAAUAGCUCCUCCAACUUCUGUUCACAGGAAAUCUCAUUUUUGUGUUAUUCCUCUGAUGAGACAACAUUACUUAAUCCAGAAUGUGAACAAGAGAGACUCACUCCUAUAUUAAAAGACACGAGAUAUAACAGCUUGUCACAUCAAUCUCUAACUCAUGGUCCUUCCUGUGAGCCCAUGAACUGCAUGACCUCAUCCUCAGAAUCAAUCAACGUCCAGUCUCAGUUGAAAGAAACUGAACUUCAGCCAAGCACCACACACUUUGAAAAAAACAUCAGUUCAUCACCUGGGCCCACACCUAUUGAUUUUGCUACUCAAUCUUCAAAUGUAGAGUCCAGAGAUGACCUUUCAUCUCAUUUUCCUUCCUCUGGAUGUACAGAAUCCUGCUUAGGAGAAGCUAUUCUCUCUUCUGACCUGAAUUGUGGUUCCUCCUUAUCUGAGACACAAGCAUCAUCUCCUUUAAAUGAUCUGAGGGGAAGGGUCUCCCUACCUGAUCUUUUGAGCAGAGGCUCCACCCCAGAUGUAGAAAUAGAAAACUCUCCUCAUAACUCUGAGUGGACUGAAGAUCUCAGUACAACUGAAAUCGACUAUAAAAGUUCUCAAUUUGAUACGGACAUCCCAACAGCUUCCCCAAAAUACAUACACCCUGUUAUAUCAGUCAGCCCUUCACCUGUGGAUAGUGGUGUUGUGCCUGAAUUAAAGCACCCAUCUCCAUCACCUGACCGUUUGCCUACCACCAGACAGCCACAAGAACAUCAAAGUCGACUUAAACCUGCUUCUCAGCGAGACAAGAGUGGUGGUCCAUCCCGGCGACCUCAGAAGCCAGAAAUACAGAACAAGUUCAGUCCUCGAUCGGUCACAAACAGGCCUGGUCGGAGUUCAAGCUCUAGCAUGGGAAGUGAGUUGGAUGAAGCAGACAAUGAGGUGAAGUGGCUCACAGACGUGGCUUUUCGUAGCCUGUCCAGCCCUGAGGUAGAUUACCUUGAUAUAUACAACUCCAGCCACCGAUCAUCUACCAACAUCUCUCUGCCCUCGACGGAGGAGAGCCCAGCUGGGAUCAGUGGUGCCUGGGCGACCUAUGCUGAUUUCAGGGGUUCUUCUUCAAAGCUGGACAGUGAUGACCUCUCAUUCCAGCAGCAGCCUCUGUACCAUUCUGAUGGAAUUGAUCCAGCCCGGUGCUAUGAGAUGGGAAGCUUUGAGUGCAUAGAUGUGGCUGUAGAAAGAGAAGACACUAGGAAUGUUAGAAGAGGAGUACCAAAGAGACAGAUCCAGCUGAAGAGAAAAGAGAGUGUGGAUGAUGGCAGUGAAUACACCAGUCCUGGACUCCCUGCGAUGGAGAACAGGCCCCCACUUGAAAGGCAUUCCAGAGAGACAUUGUUGAGACAAUACAGUACACCAGCAGCUGGCCAUGAAAGCGAUGGCCCUGAGCAAAGGCCUGGUCCCGAGCGCGAUGAAACAAAAGCUAAACUUAAAAAAUCUAUUUCUCUGGAUGAAAUGUGCUCUAAGACAAAAAUGGCCACUUGCCUUAUCAAGGGUGUUUUGUCCAAGAAGAUGCAAAGUGCUGAUAAACAACUUCAUGAUCCAGAUGGAGAUGAAGUGAACGCCUCUUCUCGAGAAAAUCUCACCGUUGAGGAGACCCAUGAAUGGGACAAAUUAAAUACCUCUCAGUACUCUAAUGACAGAUAUCCCUGGGAAGAUUUUGCUAAGAGAGAAGAACAAAGCCAAAGUGAUGAUGUCAAACCUGCAAAGGACUUUGGAGAGAAAUCCAACAGACCAAGUUCGAACAGGAGAAUUAAAAUUUCUAACCUUUCACGGAUUGAUAACCAACUGUGGGGUUCUCAAGACUGCAAUACAAGCGCAGCAUCAGAAAUGAAAUCCAAACUUAGAGUGCCAUUUGAUAGCUUACAGUCAAGUGGUGGAAUACAACAUCUAGAUGACAGUACAACAUGGCAGGGAGGAGAGGACGGAGACUCAGCAAAUAUCAUUGCCGGGAACACGGGCCCUCCUUCUGCUACCAGAGCCUUAAGCACAAAGACCAGGAUGACAAGCCAACAUCAGGAAUGUGAAAACACAGAGGUCCAUAAACAACUGCAACAGGGUGACAAGAGCUGCCACAUGACACAGGAGAUUGUACCUCAAGGCGGCAAGAAAAAGAAAACGUCUCUCAAUGUCUGCCUUACACCUGAGGCAGAAAAAAAUCGAGACAUAUUUUUUCAAGAUAUGAGUUUCAAGCAGAAGGAGGAAAAGGUCAAAGAGGCCAAGGUAGAUCUCCAAUCAGCGGAACAAAAUGAGAGUGAGGAUAAUAAAGUGAAGGGCCCCAUCCACAAAGUUCGAGACGUCAGGAGACUUGUAAAGAAUACAUAUAAUCUGUCUUUUAAAGCAACCAGUUGUGUAUCACCCACAGAGUUAUGUGAGGAAAGGACAAAUAAGUGUAUGGUGGAGAGGAAAGAGGGAACAAAGGUGGACGGGAAAGAUGAAAAGUUGUCUACGUUACCUUCGCAGCUGCAGACUCAAGGGAAGCCUCUAUCACAACUACACCCAAUGCAAAUACAAUGCAAGGCAGUUUGCUGGAAAGAUGACAAAAACAAAAUACAAAGCCAUAAAGACACGAGUUACCACUAUGGCAAAACAUUGAGCUCUACCAACACAGACCAAGACGAAAACUCCUGUAAAGAAGACACACAGUCGGGGAUGCAGGAACCACCAGCUACAGGAGCAACUACCAAAAUGCAGCAACAUGAUUUUGAUGAAGCAGAAUCAUUCAAGGCGGACAGUGAAGAAAGGUCUUUUCUGGGAAGAACUAACACAAAACCUCCCAUGCUAGGAACUCUACCCAAACUGCCCAGUAAAGAAAGAGAAGUUUCCACUGCUGUUGUGUUGAUAAGAGAUGGGUCCAACCAAGCAAAAACAUGUGCACCACUUAUUCAGGAAGAGGUUCCCACCAUUCUCCAGGCCGCAUCUUCACCUGAGAUCACAACCACUGGCAGCACCCCAAGCAGUAGUAGUCACUCAGUUUCCAUGUUAUUAAAGGAGAAAGGCUACCAAGCUGACAUUGGAGCAGUGGUGGGUGAUAGCCAGAAUAGAACUGGAGGAAAGGGGAUCCCACAUAAACAUGUGAACUGCUUAGAGAUCCCUCUACAGACGCCUUCAGAUGAUGGAGCUGAGCCAAAUCGAGAGACGAUAUUCUCUGCUUCCUCCACUGUGCCCAGCCCUUUGUUCCUCUCUGACUCUGUAGAUAAAUCCCCAAUGACCAGAGACAAAGAUGGGGGUUGCAUCAAGGAAAAAACAAUCACCCCACAAGGAAAUCCACCAGAUGAACCAAACAAACACAAGGAACACAAAGAUUUUGAAGUCGUGAAAAGACAGGGCCCAACGUUCCCCCCAAGGUCACCUGCGAUAAGGAGAUUCAGACCUCAGCCAAUUGAGUCUCAAACCUUCACCGAGCAAAAUAACGACGACAGUGCCAAGUGUCACAAACCAGACGGCAUCAUCAUCAAGCACGGAGGCUACCAAAAGGCUGCAGCAGCAGCACCCAUGGACAGCGCCUGUGAGAUUGGCACGUGCUACAACUGCAACAUCAGUUCCUCUGGCUGCCCUCCUCAUCCGGCUCGCCCCCCGCCUGCACCCCAUCAUCACCACAGCCCACAUAACCUCACCCCACCAGCGCCUCCACACUCCCCAGGUCAUGUGUUACCAUACCAGGCUUCCCAGCCUCUUGCCCGUCCUCACCAGUGCAGACCUGACCCUCAGUCCAUGAGCUUCCAGCCCAGCUCAUCACCAAAGUCAAGUCCUCUCAGUGCAAGCCAUCCACCCACCAUCUACCAACCUCUUCACCAGGCUCCCCCAUGUCCUCCCCACCCCUCACUCAUGCCAGUGGAUCGCACCAUGCCCACUGACUUCUGCCGACUGCCUCCCCAUAGAUCCCCCCAGGAGCAGCCGCCAAGCAUGCCAGCUGCUCCUUAUAGUGAUCCUCGCCACGGCCACUCCCCCGCCCUCGCUCCCAUGGAGCAUCAAUACAUGUGUGGCCAGUAUGGCUCAGAGUACGGCGGUGACACCUCCAGCCUGUACUCGGAGAGCAGCUAUGGGCAGACACCUCGAAGAGUCCUCCUUGAUCCUGAAACAGGGAAAUAUUUUUACAUCGAGCUGCCUAUGCAGCCCUUAAGGAAGAUGUUGUUUGACCCAGAAACUGGCCAAUAUGUGGAAGUUCUCAUCCCGCAGCAAGGCAUGUCUCACUCGGGCCUUUAUCCUCCAUCAGCAGCCCCAUACACAUCUCUCCACAACCCCAAUAUGUAUGGCCCAGCCCCACAGUACAUGCCCUUCGCUCAUCCCCAGGCUCAUCACCAGCCACCUCGAUAUCCCGAGGCUUUAUCUGCGGCGGCGAUGCACCCAAAUGGGCCCGGUGGCAGCUAUCGGAAUUGUUCUGGUCAGGGAUCCAAACCCGAUGCCCCAAACCAUCCACCGCUGGACCAGAACUACCUGGAGAGUAUGUAUUAUGUACCUACGGGGUUGAAUGCAGGCUCUAAUCCCACCCCGCCAGUCUACUACCAUAAACAUCCACCCAGCCUUCCGCCAUCAGCGGGGAAGCGAUCCUGA